GAAAACGUGCGAGAUAUCCGAUGGAGAUCUAGAUCUAGAUGUAGACAUAUAUUUGCCCAGUCCGGGUGUAAAGGCGAGGUGUGCGUGCGAUGCGGCAGGUGGAGGAGCUGGGCGCGGCGGUGGAGCGGGACCUGGGCACGCAGCGCGAGGCGGAGGCGCGCGCCGCGGACCUCGAGGCCAAGGUGCGGGACAUCAAGGGUCACAGGGAGAGGGAGUUCAAGAAGGCGGAGGAGGCGCUGAGGAAGGCGAAGCUGGAGGCGGAGAGCGACAGCGCGUCGUGGAAGCUGCGCGAGCGGGAGUUCGAGACGCUGAAGCUGGAGGUGGCGGAGCUGCGGCAGGCGGCGGCGGCCGGGGACCACCAGCUGGCCGAGGGCGAGCGCGCCGCUGAGGAGCUGCACCGAGCGCACCUCCACGCCGCGCAGCGACACCGCGCCGCCGCGGAAAAGGUAAAAGAUCUACAAGCGCAAAUAAAGCAGAAGAAAGCGGAGAUAGGUCGCAGGAACGCGGACGUGGCGCGGCUGGCGCAGCGGGCGGAGGCGCUGGGCCGCACCAACGCCGACCUCGAGCUCGCCAUCAAGCAGCUCCAGUUCGGCGCCAAGGAGCUGCAGGCGGAGGCCGUCGCCUGCCAGAAAAAGGUGCAUCUCUCUCGCUCCGACGUGAGAUUUUUUCGUUUUUGACAC